AUGUUGUCAAGUUAUAAUUGUAAAUUUGGUAAAUUUAUUUACAUGAACGGUAGAACAUAAAAACAAAUUAAAUUACGAUGAAAAAUUUAUUAAAAGAAUUGGUAAAAUUUAUGCAAUUGGGUGCAAGAUUGGAUUUAAAAGUGGGAGCGUUGGAAAAUAUAUUAAGUUUAACUGGUAGUAACGAUGGUUUAGAAGUAGUUAUCGAAUCGGACGAUAUUUUAAAAGCAUUAGUUACAUUAUCGAACGAUUCAGCAGCCGUUAUUGCGAAAGAUGCAUUUUUAACACUAAUAAAUAUUUCAUCUUUAGAUAAAGGUGCAUCGAAACUUAUUAAUUUAAAACUCGAAACAAAUUCUCUAAUUGAAAAAUCCUCUCCAAAUAUUGUCAUUGUUUGUUUACAACAAAUUUCUAAUCCGGAAUCGGAACUUGCCGAUCCGGCAUGUAUGCUUUUAUCAAAUUUAACGCGACCCAUAUCUCUGUGCGAUAAAAUUGUCGAUACUGUAUUAAGUUCGAACGUAACCUUCGAUCAACUGAUAAAUAUUUUUACAAAAAAUGAAUUUAACAAAAAAGGGCAUAAGUUACAUUAUUUAGGACCAGUUUUAUCGAACUUGUCACAAAGUUCGUUAGUUCGAAAAUAUAUUUUGGAUAGUACAAAAUGUGUUAUUCAAAGAUUGUUACCGUUUACGGAAUACAAAGAUUCGAUUGUACGGCGUGGAGGAAUCGUCGGCACAUUGAAAAAUUGUUGUUUCGAAGAGGAGUUUCAUAAAUGGUUGUUAAGUGAAGAUGUAGAUAUUUUACCGCGAUUAUUAUUACCGCUAGCCGGGAAUGAACAAUUUGAUGAUGAAGAUAUGGAUAAAUUACCAUUGGAGUUACAAUAUCUUCCGGAUGAUAAAAUGAGGGAAGAUGAUCCAGAUAUUAGGAAAAUGUUAAUAGAAGCCAUUACUCAAUUGUGUUCAUUAAAAGAAAAUCGUGUGUAUAUACGUGAAAAAAACACUUAUGUUAUUCUUCGAGAACUCCAUAAAUGGGAAAAAGAUCGUGAAGUUUUACUAGCUUGUGAAAAUUUGGUUGAUAUAUUAAUACGAACUGAAGAAGAAAUUAAUAAAGAUAAUAUUAAAGAUGCUGAAGUUCCUGUUGAUCUAAUUGAAAAGUUCGAGAAAAUGGAUAAAGAAUUUGUAGAAGAUAGUUCAUAAAAAUUUUAUGUAAAUAAUUUUUUAAGCGAAAGAAAAAUGUACAUACAUAUCGUCAAAACCCUACUGACCUAAACGUACGGUCUUAUUGUGUUGUACGUCGUAGCCAUUUUAUGAUACGAACUACCAAUAAAAGGAGAACCCAUGCUAACUUAACUCAACUGAUUAUGGCUGAGUUGAGAUAAUAUGGGUUGAUAUGGCGUAAUUUUGUACGGUUUGAUUAUUGUACAGGAUGUUUUUUUAUUAAUGGGUGCUUUAAAUUAAAAUAA